GUGAAGAAGUUAUACUUGUUUUAGAAUGGCGUGAAUAUUAUAUACUCUUUCUCUCACUUUCCUGCAUACUUUUUUCCGUCACUUUCUCGGGAAAAUUUUAUUUUAUUUCCUCAGCGGAGAAUCUAGACAGGUUCAAUUACGCAUCCCAGACAUGUUUAAGAACCAAUUGCAAGAGUUGGCUCAGAGAAGCUGCUUUAACCUUCCCUCAUAUUCAUGCAUCCGGGAAGGACCGGAUCACGCCCCUCGAUUCAAAGCUACUGUCAACUUUAAUGGAGAAAAUUUUGAAAGCCCUACCUUCUGUUCUACUCUAAGACAGGCAGAACAUGCUGCAGCUGAGGUAGCUCUGAAUACACUUGCAACAAGAGGCCCCUCUAGAGCCUUAGCUGCAAGAGUUCUGGAUGAAACAGGAGUUUAUAAGAAUUUGCUGCAGGAGACUGCUCACAGAGCUGGGUUAAAACUUCCUGUUUAUACCACUGUUCGAUCUGGACCAGGCCAUGUCCCUGUUUUCUCAUGUAAGGUUGAGCUUGCAGGAAUGAACUUUACAGGUGAACCAGCUAGGACCAAGAAACAAGCUCAGAAAAAUGCUGCAAUGGCUGCUUGGUCUGCCUUGAAAAAAUUGUCACAGAGUCGCUCAUCUUCCACUACUUCUUCCUCUCCUUCAUUGGAGUGUAAAGGCAAUGAAGAGCAGGAACAAGUCAUCAUUGCUCGUGUACUUGCAAGUCUGCGCCCAUCAGAGGCAAAUAAGUCCACAGAAAAUUAUCAUCGACAUGGUAGGCAAAGAUCCACUCCCAUGCUGUGGGAAUCAAACCCGCCAACUCCAACCUUAUACCCUAUGCGAUGCCAGAACUGGGCAUACUCUACUUUUUCCCCUGAGAUGGCAAUGUAUCAGAUCUGGCAUCAAGAACAAUUACUACAGCAGCAACAUCGCUUGUUGGCACUUGCAGUUCCAGCAGCUACUCCAUCCGCUCCUCAGCUUUAUCCAUUUAUGCAAUCUAUGCUCCAGCCAGACUGCUGUUUAUAUUUUCCAGGAAGAGAGCUGGAGUCAGUCCCCAUGGGACCCAAAAUUACAAUUGCUACCUCUGGCCCAUCACUUUGCUUUUCCAACCAUUUGGUUCCUAGUUCAAUUAGGGGCAGGUCCACUGUGACUAUUCAAGAGAUACAGGAGGAAAAACCGGAAGAAUCAUCCAAUUAUUCUCCAUCUGGAGUUCCAGAUCCCCCUUGUGUUGGUAACAUUAGUACUGAACCACAAAUCCUGGAAACAGUUCAGGAGGAUGAAAAACAAAACCUUGGUGGGUUAGAUAGAAAAAUUUCUAAUCUUCAGCUAGAAGGGAACCAAACAGGAAACUCUGAAUGGGCUUGUCAUAGAGGCAUGGUUUCUGGAUCUAAGCCAAUUGAGUUUCAGUUACAAAACCCACGUGUUGACUCUUCUCUGUCCAAUGUCGGACCCCAAUACAGAUAUUCUGUACCACCUUUAUCUGCAGCUGCUCCUGUGAGGACCAGAACUGUGAGCCCCACUUCGUCGCUGGGGUUCAGACCACAAAAUAUGGCUUCACCUUGGGCUGCUCCACCAAGAAUGAGAACUGGGGUUGCUUCAUGUUCACCCAGGCCACCUGAAAGAUUUGACCUUGGAGUACCCCCUGCCUUCAUGGCACCAGCUGUUCGAAUCAGAUCAGUGGUACCAGUCUGUUCAGCCCCACCAGUGAGAAAAAUGCCAAAUUCGAGUAACGAAGUAGUGUCAUCAAACAGAGAAAAGAAAAAUUCAGAACCAGAAGGCAUGUCAAGUGCAGGUUCAAAGUUUGGGAAGCUUAGGAUAUGAAUGGAGUAUAGAUACUACAAGAAUCUUUUUUUUUGUCCUGAAUUUUCAUUAUGCAGAAUAUGGUGGUUUUGAGAGGCCAUUGAUGCUUCUUCAUAGUAAAUCAGAAUAAAUGGCUAGUUCUUUGAUAA